CUGGAUGACCGAAUGGCAGCUUUUUACGCAGAGGGUUGUCUCACCUGCUGAAACGCACUUCACCGUUCAGCACAACAGAGCCAUCUCAUCGCUCUCACCUCCAAUUAAUCUGCGCGCCUGCGAGGUCAGCUCUCCGUUUUCUUGCCUUUUUCUGCUUUGUUUUGUCGGUCGCUUUAUUUUGACGCGACGAGCUUUUGGAAACCACCACCACCAUGAUGCCCUCUGCGUGUGGAUCGUCGCUGGCAGAGUAGACGAACAAAGCGCAUCAGGGCUCUCCAGAGAACUCAUUUCCACCCUCCAAAAAAAAAAAAAUCACGGAUUUUUGUUUUGUAAGUACUCGGGAUAACCAUUUGGCACCCCCCUUUUCCUGCUUUCCUUUUUGUGUAGUUCACAGGGAGAGAUCGCGCUGUUAAAAGAUGGAUACGCUUUUUUCUUAGUCCGAUGGAGAGGUUUUUAAUUUAGGGAACAUCUCGAUCCUGGUGCUGGACAAAAAAAAAAAAUGAUGGCAAGAUUUUGGAUAGCGCUGCUGGACACCUUGAUGUCGGUUUCCUGGGAGUAGAAGAGGCCCGUGUCGAUGCUUGACGACACAAAUUCUGCAGAACACAUACAAACAUUUCAUCUCCCGAGGCGUUAAUUCUUACAUGACAACGAUACGUCCAACAAACUGACAGACUGCAUCACUGAUACAAAACUAUGGAGCACACUGGGAUCGAGGAGGUGAACCAGACGCACCAGCAGCAGCAUGAGCCCAUCAGCUUCGGCAUCGACCAGAUCCUCAACAGCUCGGACCAGUCCAGCGGCUGCAUGCUGCCCAACCGGACCGGCGACCCGGAUUACGCGCUGGCCUCCAACGUCUACAGCAACGGCUACAACAGCGUCUACAACCCGGCCUGCUCCAUGGCGGCGGCGGCCGGUCUGGCGGGCUCCUACAACGUCAACAUGAACAUGAACGUCAGUAUGAACAUGAACGUUAACGUGAACUCCGGAGGUGCAGGCGGGGUGAUCCGGGUGCCUGCGCACAGACCCAUGCCGCCUCCGCCUGCCGCCGCCGCCGCGCCGCAUCCGCCCCCCGCGUCGCAUCCGCCUGGCAUCGGACCCGGCAUCGCCUCGGUGCCCGGGAUGGGGAUGGGAAACGCGGCCAAUUUCACCUUCCCGUGGAUGGAGAGCAGUAGGAGGUUCGCCAAGGACAGACUAACAGGGGAGCAGGCAGAGGAGAGCCGAGCCGGGGAGGCUACAGGGGGGCUGGGGGCCGCCGGGUCCCUCUGCCCUCUCCCCAAGGGAGACAUCGGCAGGGUCCCCGUCUGGAGCACUAUGGAGACGUUAGCUAAAUGCUAUUACCCCGAGCUCGCUCACCUGCGAGACGGCAGUGGCCUUCUAGCAGACUAUCCUUUCCCAAAGGGGGCUUGCCCAGCCCUCUCGCCCUUCUCCGUGACCCGUCGCAUCGGACACCCGUACCAGAACCGGACGCCGCCCAAGAGGAAAAAGCCCCGCACCUCCUUCAGCCGGGUGCAGAUCUGCGAGCUGGAGAAGCGCUUCCACCGGCAGAAGUACCUGGCGUCGGCAGAGCGCGCCACCUUGGCAAAAGCCCUGAAGAUGACGGACGCGCAAGUCAAGACCUGGUUCCAGAACAGACGGACAAAAUGGCGGAGACAGACUGCGGAGGAGAGGGAGGCGGAGAGGCAGCAGGCCAACCGGCUGAUGCUGCAGCUUCAGCAGGAAGCCUUUCAGAAGACGUUGAGCCAGCCGCUGCAGCCCGACCCGCUCUGCCUGCACAACUCCUCCCUGUACGCCCUGCAGAACCUGCAGCCCUGGGCGGACGAAAACAAGCUGUCGGUCUAAAAGAGAGGAGGGCAUUUUAUCCAAAAGUGCCAGGAAACAAAACGGACAACCUCUGUACAUGCCCAACUAUCAAGACUGUGCCCCCCCUUCCUCUUUGUGCCUCUGGAUCCCCCCCCAAUGAGGCAGCAGAGACACUAUGCCCCAAUAACGGCACAAAAAAGACCUCCUGUUUUCUCGCUUUUGACUUUGUACAAUAUAGUAAAAAAAAUGCAUGUUUCAACCCUUUCUGUGUGCACUCGGGACGUACCAAUUGAAGCCAGCCUGCCGAGGAGGUGGACUGCAGUGAUCGAGUGGUAGAGGAUUGGUGGGAUCUCCUGAUGGUGAAUUCCUCAUUAUGUUCAAUUUAAAGGUGUUUUAUAUUAAAUGAUAUUGUGAAUUUUUGGAAAAGAUGACAAA